CGUAGCCUAUAUUUAAGUAGUACGUGAGAAGAACUCGGAGCUAAUUAAGCUCGUUCGCUCCGACGUACGACGAAAAUGGAGAGAAACGCCACGGUAUCCUAUACUGCUCUUCUUCUUCUUCUUCUUGCAGUCACCGCGCCAGCCGCCAGUGCGGCCAAGCUAGUGGUUGGCAAGGCCGCCGCGUGGGUGGAGGACGAAGACGUCGCCGCCGCCGUCGGGAUGGACGUCCUCCAGCUCCAGGCGAUGAUGAUGGUCGCGGCGUCGUCGGCGGCGGCGGCGGAGGUGCACCGGCGCGUCCUGCAGGCGCAGGGUGGGUACGUGAACCAGGCGCUGGAGGCGGACCACCAGAGGUGCCUCGGCAGCUGCCCGCCGCCUGGCGGAUCCUACACCGGCAGGGGCAACAAAUGCUACUACCAGAACAAGUCGUGUUCGUGAGGCCAUCGAUUGAUUAAUAAUUACAUUAUUCCCUCCGUUUUACCGUCUCAUGAUGCACGUUUAACUAUCCAUCUUAUUUAAAAAAAUUCAAAAUUAUUAAUUAUUUUUAUAUC